AUGCUGGAUUCCCUGGAGGCCCUGCUGCACCGCCUCUGCAUACGUUCCCAACUCUUCACUCGGAAAAAAUGGCAGUACUUUUGUCUCCUAAGCGGCCAACUAUCAUUCCUUUGCGCCUUCAUGGUCCUCGUCGCCGCAGGGUUUCUCCCCCCCAUGAAGCCAACCUGGUCAGCCGAGAGGGUUCAUGAACACUAUUUCUCACACAAGGAAGGCAUCCGGGCCAGUGUGCCCCUCCUCCUCCUCUCGGGCGGCCUCUACCUACCCUUUGCAGCUGUACUCUCCAAACAUCUUCGGCAAAUUCCCGGAAUUGAUCCCAUCCUCCCCGACCUCCAGCUAGCAGCUGGGGCUGCUGGUAUUUUUUCCAUCAUGGUCCCCGCUAGCUUCCUUGGGUUGAUCACUUUCCGCGACUACGGGCCAGAAUUGACCCUGUUGAUCAGCGACCAGUUCUGGCUGAAUUUCUUCCUGCCCUGGCCUACAUUUUUAAUCCAGGCUUGGACCGUGUCUUGGGCCGCUUUCGCCGAUACCAGCGAAAACCCGGUGUUCUCGAAAACUGUCGGGCUAAUCAAUUUUGUGGUACCCUUCUUUUACCUGUCACUUACUGGCGUGCAUGUUCAACAUGAUGGACCCUAUGCUUGGAGCGGUGCACUUACUUUCUGGGUGGCGGCGGUAGCUUUUGGCGUUCAGAUUGGAGCGGAUACCAACUGCCUUUUCAAAAGGAUUCGGGCCAUGCCUGAUGAUGAUGGCAUUGAACAAGUGCAAGAAGUCCACUACAUCGCAACACCAUAG